AUGGGGAAGUCCGGGGGUAUUCAGGUGGGCAUCUUCCGACCGGAGGAGCGGACGGCUACGUUCUCGGGCUGCUGCUGCUUGCCUCCCUGUCCGUGCCCAUGCAUGUGCCCCCUCUUCGCCAAGGUGGAUGGGCAAUGGGCAGAGCAAUUUGGGAGCGCAAGUGCGACUUCUUCGGCGCCAGCACAACAAGAGAUGGGCGAAGGUUACCAACCCAUCGCUCAGAACUGA